CGUCUCUCUCUCUCUUCUGCCCCCGUUCCCACUCUUGGGCUGAGUUUAGAAAUCAGUCAGUCCGGCCGUGUCCUCUCAAGGAAGUCGACUCGCCCGUCACCCUCCAGGCUGUUCUCUCCUGCGGAGCGACAAGGCCGAGACAUCAGAAGCGGGGCUGCGCUCUGUCGUCCAGUGUGGUCUGGCAAGCAACGACGAGCAUCAUGACGUUGUCGUUCAAAAAGGACAUGGACAAGUACAAGGAUCUGGAUGAAGAUGAGAUUCUUAACAGUCUGUCGGUGGAUGAGCUCAAACAGCUGGAGACAGCCCUGGAGGAUAUGGACCCAGAGAAUGCUCUUCUUCCGGCGGGUUUGCGUCAGAAGAACCAAACGACUAAACAAGCCACGGGGACCUUUGACAGAGAGAGUCUCCUCAAGUACCUGGAGAAGGAAGCCAUGGAGUAUAAGGACAGAGAGGACAUUGUACCGUUCACUGGAGAGAAGAAAGGCAAAGUAUUUAUUCCGAAACAGAAGCCAAUAGAAGCACAACAGGAAAACGUCACAAACCUUGACCCAGAGUUGGAGGAAGCCUUGUGCAGUGCCACGGAUACAGAACUCUGUGAUCUUGCAGCAAUCCUGGGCGUUCACACGCUUGUAACCAGCAAUGAGACCUACGAUGCAACUGGAGCAAGAGAGAGCUACAACAAUGUGGUUAAAGGAGAAAAGAUGACCCCUGUGUUUGACGAGCCACCUAAUCCUACGAAUGUAGAAGAAACACUGAACAGGAUCAAGAGCAACGAUGCCUCCCUAACCGAGGUCAACCUGAACAACAUUAAGAACAUCCCCGUCCCCACUCUCAAAGACUUUGCCAAAGCCAUGGAGAAGAACAGACACGUAACCAAGUUCAGCAUGGCAGCCACACGGAGUAACGACCCCAUUGCGCUGGCGUUCAGCGAAACCCUGAGGGAGAACAAGACGCUGCGAAGUUUGAACUUGGAGUCCAACUUCAUCACAGGUGCUGGGAUGCAGUCGCUGAUUGACGCGCUGCGAGACAAUGACACGCUCACGGAGAUCAAAAUAGACAACCAGAGGCAACAGUUGGGUACCAAUGUAGAGAUGGAAAUCGCUAAAAUGUUGGAGGAGAACAACAGCAUAGUCAAGUUCGGCUACCACUUCACCAAGCAAGGACCGCGCUCUCGAGCUGCUGCCGCCAUCACCAAGAACAAUGACCUCGUCCGCAGGAGGCGAGUGGAAGGGGACCAGUAGAGGCGGAGUCCCGCCCAUAUCCCAGCCAAUCACGUCGCUUCAUCUCGCCAUGUGGAACCGCUUCCACCAACGCCCUGAUCUCAUCUCAACGUGUGGAACAAGUCUUGUGCCAAACUGCGCGGCAAGAACGUACAUCUGAGACGAAGAGAAAUAACUGGAACGAAACGCCCCCCCCUCUCCCAUAUAUACCUUUAUUAUAUUAAUUAUUAUUGUUAUUAAGCUGUCAUUGAAGGUGUUCAUCAAAUGAGUUUUUAAGUCUUUCCAUUUCAGCUGCUCCUGUCCUGACCUUUUUACUCUUUUCUUUUAUACUGAUGGAACAUCAAUAACGGUUCACGUUGCACAGCAGAUUAGAACUAACCAUGAACGUUCAGGAUCACCUCACGGAACCGCAGGGUCACACCAUCCAGAGCUCUUAAAUAUCUACGCUGCUCCUUGUCUCUGUGUAAAAACUUUGUGGUAAUUGCAUGUGAAGGCACACGGAGGCUAUGUUUUAUUUUUCCCGACGCCAUCUUGUAAAACGUCCCAGCCGCCGCGUAUUCUGAUUCCCGCUCGUUUUGUCAAGUCUGUGCCGACGUCGACGCCUCCGACUCGCCCCGUCUAGUUCGAUACUGUCGUCGCUCAAAAGUGCCGCCGCCGCGUCACGUUUUAUAUCUCACCGACGUUUGCAUUUUAACUGAUUUUGUUUUCCGGACCUCCUCCCGCAACGAACGGCGAGCCCGACUCGACUUAGUAAACGUUCAGCGGAACUACGGUGUAAACGUCAUCCGGUUGUGAAGAGGUUUAACAAUUGAAGCCAUAAAUGUGUAAUCUGAUGUUAAACCACGCCAAAGACCAACACUUGCAUCUUUUUUUUGUGUCUUUCUGGACCUUGUGCUUAUAUUGGACUAGGUUUUGGCUUAAAUAGUCAGUUCCUCACGGUGUCAUUUUUCGUUUCAAUAUUCCUUUUGCUUGCCUUUUUCUUUUUCACAUUUCUUGGUUAUUCUUUGGGGAGGGAUAAUUUAUAGCUAAAGCAGUCAAUACCAAGUGAGAGAACAAAGGACGCACGUUUUAUGUGUUAUCUCCAUGAAAAACGGGUUUUCCCCUACUGUCCAUCAAAAAAUUGGCCACCAACUUUUUCAACACUUAGAGCACGGGUGUCAAACACAAGGCCCAGGGGCCUAAUCUGGCCCACCAUCUGGUUUUAUGUGGCCCACAAAGGCAAAGCAUGUCCCCCGACUUCCAUGAUUCAUGUGAAAAUCUGUACCGAAAUUUAAAAAUUGCCACGUCAUUAAAUAACAUUGAGAUAUUCAAAUCAUUUUUGUUUUACCAAACGUAAUCAUUGAAUCAUUCCUGAUGUCUGAUUCUCAAAAUACUAAUUUUGUGUGUAAAUAUGAUGAGGUAAUUAAAGUUGUUUUUUUUUUUU